CUUACAAAUAUUCCAACACCCACCCUGAAUAUCCACAAGUUCCGAGUCUUUGGUGGAAAAGAUUAGAGCUCGGAGAUCAUAUCAAGAUGAAUCAUAACAAAGAGGAGCUCAUUGCUGAAUUGAAACGUAUAAGGGAGGAGAACCAGAAGCUCAUCUUCAUGAUAAACCGCAUGGGCAAUCGCUACAAUAGCUUGAAAGCACAGAUUAUGAAAGAGAAGGAAAAUGACAGGAAAUCCUCUCUGAAAUCCAUGGCUAAGUCUCUGACAUUAAGUAUAGACGGAGAGGGAGACAGUGUUAAUGGAGGCUUUACAGCAGAAGGCUCUGAUUAUAGCUUGGACUCCGCAGAAGACAAGAACCUAAUAUCCUCCGUGGAUGAUCUGCAGUUGAGUUUGCCCUGCAAGAAAAGGAAAGCAAAUUUUGUGUUCGAAAAGACCCACAAUGGAAACAGGAGUUCAUCUUCGGAUGGUGACCCGCCCAAUAAGAAGGCUAAGAAAAUUAUAUCUGUUAGCACAAAACCAGAGGCAACAAUGGUUAACGAUGGUUGCCAGUGGCGAAAAUAUGGGCAAAAGAUGACCAGAAACAGCCAGUGGCCCAGAUCUUAUUACAAAUGUGCGGUUCCCUCUUGCCCAGUUAAAAAGAAAGUUCAGAGGUGCGCUGAAGACACCACUCUUCUGACCACUACCUAUGAAGGAGAACAUAAUCAUUUGCUUACUACGGUGGCCAUAGAUGCCAUUAACACACCAAACAAUCAGCUUCGCUUGCCUGCCUACGUUGCUACAAUGGGUUCCUUUCCCACAAUCACUCUGGACCUCACACAAACUCCCAAGCCUGAUCGAUUACAUUUAGGAAGAGACAGAUUGCAGAAACAGGCGAAUCCAUCAUAUAACAGCAAUAUGCAGAGAGGGUUGUUGGAUCCACAAGCUUACAGCAACCGAAGCCUAGAUCAAGAAGCCCAUUUAAAAGCAGAUGCCCAUUAUACCGCAGCCUUGGCUGCGGCUAUAGCCACUUCUAUCAUGAAAUCGGGUACAUCCCUCCAAUCUAUGAGCACCCAAUACUGCUCCAAUACGUUACAAUGAUUUCCAUGAUUAGCAAAGGUCCUCUGUACAUAGUCUUGAAAUACAGUUUUACCUGUUACCCUUUUUUUUUUUCGGUUAAUUGCAAAGAAAGUGGUUUUGUUG